AUGUCCGGACAACAGCCCGUGUUCGUGAUGAACACUGGGCCCGAGCGCCAGACCGGUCGCAAGGCGCAGAUCUCCAACAUCACCGCCGCCAAGACCGUAGCCGACGUGAUCCGCACCUGCCUGGGCCCCAAGGCCAUGCUCAAGAUGAUCCUCGACCCCAUGGGCGGCAUCCUGCUCACCAACGACGGCAACGCCAUCCUGCGCGAGGUUGAGGUGGCGCACCCGGCUGCCAAGUCGAUGAUCGAACUCAGCCGCACGCAGGACGAAGAGGUGGGCGACGGCACCACGAGCGUCAUCAUCCUGGCGGGCGAGAUCCUGGCACAGUCGCUGCCGCAGCUCGAGCGCGGCAUCCACCCGGUCGUCAUCAUCUCGGCGUUCAAGAAGGCGCUCGCACGCGCACUCGAGAUCGUCGAGCAGAUUUCGGUGCCCGUCGACGUGGCCAACGACAAGGAGAUGCUGGCGCUCAUCAAGACGUCCAUCGGCACCAAGUUUGUGUCGCGCUGGUCGGAGCACAUGUGCAAGCUGGCGCUCAAGGCGGUGCGCACCGUAGCCAUGGUCGACGGUGCCGCCGGCUCGUCGGCUGCUGCGGAUCCGACCAAGACGGUGGACAUCAAGCGCUACGCGCGCGUCGAAAAGGUGCCCGGCGGCACCAUCGAGGAGUGCCGCGUGCUCGACGGCGUCAUGCUCAACAAGGACGUCACGCAUCCCAAGAUGCGCCGCCGCAUCGAGAAUCCGCGCAUCAUGCUGCUCGACUGUCCGCUCGAGUACAAGAAGGGCGAGUCGCAGACCAACAUCGAGAUCACGCGCGAGGAGGACUGGAACAAGAUCCUCGAGAUCGAGGAGCAGCAGAUCCAGUCCAUGUGCGAAAAGAUCAUCGAGUUCAAGCCCGACCUCGUCUUUACCGAGAAGGGCGUGUCGGAUCUGGCGCAGCACUUCCUGCUCAAGGCCAACAUCACCUGCAUCCGCCGCGUGCGCAAGACUGACAACAACCGCAUCGCGCGCGCCACGGGCGCCGUGAUUGUCAACCGCGUCGACGACCUGCGCGAUGCCGACAUCGGCACGCGCUGCGGCCUCUUCCACAUUGAAAAGCUCGGCGACGAGUACUUCACCUUCCUCGAGCAGUGUCGCGAGCCCAAGGCGUGCACGAUCCUGCUGCGCGGUCCGUCCAAGGACAUCCUCAACGAGAUCGACCGCAACCUGGCGGAUGCCAUGGCGGUGGCGCGCAAUGUCGUAUUCAACCCGCUGCUUUCGCCCGGUGGAGGUGCCACCGAGAUGGCGAUUGCCUAUGGACUUUCCGAAUACGCCAAGGAGCUCGAGGGAGUGGAGGUGGGGCCGAUCCGGGCGGUGUCGGAUGCGAUGGAGGUGAUCCCGCGCACGCUCAUCCAGAACUGUGGCGGCAAUGCGAUCAAGACGCUCACCACGCUGCGUGCCAAGCACGCCAACGGCGAGCACUCGUACGGCGUCGACGGCGAGACGGGCAACGUGGUCGAGAUGAAGGAGUACGGUCUCUACGAGUCGGCAGCGGUCAAGAUCCAGACGCUCAAGACCGCCAUCGAGUCGGCAUCCUUGCUGCUCAGGGUCGACGACGUGGUGAGUGCCAAGCGCGGAAGGCAGCCCGGUGGAGGUGCGGGCCCGGGCGUCCAGGCUCCCGAUGCGGGUAUGAACGAAGAUACCGCCCCGGACAUGCCCCAGAUGUAG